AUGACGGCGACGCUCCAGCCCAACGGCAGCGAAAGUCGCCCAAGCACCCAACGAAUGUCCACCGCACCCUCGAGAAUGAACGGCGAGUUCGCGGGCAGAGGCGACAACUUGGCUGCUGCCGACUUCGAGCACGGCAUCCAGAUAAUCGACGAGGACAAGACAUUCAAUCCCAAUCUCCCUCAGUAUCUCCAGGUCCAAAAUGUCACCAAAGCAGGCUUCAACUACCAUCUCAUCUCCGUGUUCGGAAGCCAGAGCACAGGCAAGAGCACACUGCUCAACUAUCUCUUCGGAACGCGCUUCGGUGUCAUGAACGAGCAAGAAAGACGGCAGACGACCAAAGGAAUAUGGAUGUCCAAGAACAAGAAGGAGCAAUCCAACAUGGCUGCUAAUAUCUUGGUCAUGGAUGUGGAGGGCACAGAUGGACGUGAAAGAGGUGAAGACCAGGACUUUGAGCGCAAAAGUGCUCUGUUCGCACUGGCAACUAGUGAGGUACUGAUCGUGAACAUCUGGGAGCACCAAGUCGGUCUGUACCAGGGCGCGAACAUGGGUCUCCUGAAGACUGUCUUCGAGGUCAACUUGCAGCUCUUCUUGAAGGGUGCCAAAAGUGUGCCGCGGAGUCUAUUGUUCUUCGUGAUCAGAGACCACCUUGGCCACACACCUUUGGAGAACCUCAAGAACACUCUAUUGCAGGACUUGUCUAGGAUAUGGCAAUCAUUGUCCAAACCACAGGGCCUCGAGAAGAGCAGGAUUGAGGACUACUUCGACUUUGCCUUCGUGGCACUUCCACACAAGAUCUUGAUGCCUGAGAAGUUCGAACAAGAGGUCGCAAGACUGGGCACAAGGUUCCGCGAAGGCUACAAAGAUCCCAAACGAGCCGGACUUGUCGACGAUGAGCCAGUACUCCUGCCUGAGUACCAUAGACGCAUUCCGGCAGAUGGGUUCCCUAUGUAUGCACAGGGCAUUUGGGAGCAGAUUGACAGCAACAAAGACUUAGACCUUCCAACCCAGCAGGAGCUACUGGCGCAAUUCCGCUGCGACGAGAUCUCGAAGGAAGUGUUGAUCCCGUUCGACGAAGUCAUUGCGCCUCUAGAAGAGAUCCAGGCCAAAGGUGUGGCUGUUGGAAAGCCGCUCGUGAUCGCUGAGCUUGGCGGAAAGAUGAUUGCUGCGAGGAAGGUCGUUCUCGGAAGUUUCGAGGAGGAAGCCAGUAGAUACCACAAGGGCGUUUUUAAGCGGAAGCAGGCGGAGUUGGAGACAAAGGUGGACGGACGACUCAAGGCGCUCUUCCAUGGUCAACUGAGUGCAGCUCAUAAGAGUGGUGUCCACGACUUCUCUGAAGCUGUCUCCACGGCUGUAAAGGCAGGCCAGAAGAAGGGGUCAAACUAUGACUUUCAUCAAAUUGUGUCAAGCGAAAAACAGAAAGCGCUGCAGAGGUUCGAUGCUGAAGCAAGAUCCUCCCUCAUUGAAGGCACAACAUGGAGUGACUACAAGCAGCAAUUGAAUCUCUAUCAGAAGGACCUCGAUGAAGUCAGCGCACGGUUGAGACAAGAUGAGAUGAGACGAUUGGCAACAAGAAGCGAGAGAUGGGUCAGAAGCAAGCUUGGUGAAAGUGUGGGUGUCGAAUUCAACAAACUGGGAUCUGGUCGUGCUGGUUCUGGAGCACCUGCGGAAGGUGAGAAGCCUACCGAGAAGGAGCUCUGGGAUCGCAUCUGGAAUGUUUUCACCGACACCGUGUCGCAUGCUGAGACUCGCUUUACCGAAAGAGCUCGCAGUUUUGAUGCUAGUCCGGACGAGGUCGAAGUCGGUCUGUGGCGUCUGAGGCGCAAAUCCUGGGGUGCAUUACGAGACAAAAUCGACGAGGAACUGAUGGAGGGUAAUUUGCUGCUCAAACUACGCGAGAACUUCGAAGACAAGUUCCGAUAUGACGAGGAAGGCGUACCCAGGAUAUGGCGGCCAACCGAUGAUAUUGAAGGCCUUUAUACAAAAGCUCGGGAGAGCACUUUGACACUGAUUCCUCUUCUUGCGAAAUUCCGGCUUUCUAGAACAUCGGCACCACCACCUUUGGAUGCUUGGAUCGGUGAGCCUCCUGCUACAGUAUCAUCUGCCGAUGAGGAGGAUUUGACACCGAUUGGCGGUGUAGAUGAGGAAGAAGGCAAGUCGCUGGAAGAGGAGAUGACAGUCAUCUCCGAUGCCAGACAACAAGAUCUCCAAACACGAUUCAAGAAGACGGCAGAUGGCGUGUACGUCGAAGCCAAGCGUAGUGCAAUUGGUGGCAUGACGCAAGUCCCAUUAUACUUCUACGGCCUGCUUUUAGCACUUGGCUGGAACGAAAUUGUCGCCGUCCUCCGCAACCCCGUGUACUUCAUCUUCCUGAUCCUCCUCGCUGCCGGCGCCUACGUCACUUACACCCUCAAUCUCUGGGGUCCAAUGCUUCGCAUGACCAAUGCCGCCACCUCACAAGGUUUGGAAAUCUUCAAAGAAAAGCUGCGAGAAUUUUUAGAGUCUUCUGAGACCGGACGACAAGCCAUCGGCAUGAGUGCUCAAGCUGGCAAUGCUUUCAAAAUGGAUACCCUCAAUUCUAAUGGUACCACGAAAGCCAAGGCGAGCAAGGAUGAUGAGGUUGAUGAGAUAUAAAGAGUUGUCGGCGGCUUGGUUUACCUAUUCUUGUGCAUGCAGGACUUUUACUUUUGCAUAGCGGUGGAUAAAGAGAUAAGAUGCUUUGAAUAGUACACUUUGUUUGAAACGAAUUUCAAGAAGUGUGAAUACCUUAUUGGUCGGGACAAAGAUUAUGGAUCUUACCCAGGAAUGCCUUGGCUCAGUACUUCACAGGGUUUGAUCCAAAUGCAUCUAUAUUUCCACAAGCCCAAGCAAUGCUCAAUUAAAUCUACCCUUUCCUCUUCCUCGCCCCACCCGCGUUUUCCUUUCCGCUUGCUUUCGAAGCCUGAUCCAAAGCCUCCUUGAGCUUGCCAUCAGCGUCAGCCUUACUUCCCUCCAUACUAGUCAGUGGCUUAGCAGCUUUCUUGCUCUCCUCUUCUUCCUCAUCUCCACCCUGUCCGAACUCAUUGACACGAGUGUAGUCGACUUUGUAGGCCCAGGCUUGAUAUAAGUAUACGAAGAAUAUCACGUCGUCGCGUAGUGUGGCGAGACGGUGUAAAAUUGGCAUUUUGAUGGUGAAGGCGAAGAGGUCGUCGAUGAAGGUGUUGAGGAAUUUGUACAUCAUUGCUUUGGCGGGCAUGUGAGCGACGGACCUGAGGCGGUAGUUGAUGUAGAGGGAUGGGACCAUCAUGAGGAAACCGUAGGCGUAGACACUGCCGACGAGGGUUGUGAUGAUGAAGCUGUACCAGCUCUUGUGAGUUUCGU